CUGCGCUUUGCGGCCGUUGCGUCUCGCCCUACGUCACAGUGAAGUAUGUGCUCUCGAGUGUAGAAAAUGGCCGCGCUCUCCGCUACCCCGGAUCGGCGCGGAUGUAAAUACGGCCUCUGGAUCGGUUUGGGAGUGUUUAUCACGAGAUUCGUUUGUGCAUUUGGGAUCACGUGUUACUGCGAGGGACAUUGCCCAGACGAUAGGCAAAAUGGGACCUGCGAGGGAAGACCCGGUGGUCAUUGCUUUAGCGCGGUAGAAGAGGUUUGGGAUCAAGAAUCGGGAGAAUAUGUGCCAGAAUUCUCGUUUGGCUGUCUACCGCCAGAUGAGCAAGGUUUCAUGCAAUGCAAGGGAUACCUCGUCCCGCAUUUACAAGGGAAAAGCAUAAUUUGCUGUAACAAGAGCGAUUUAUGUAACAAAGACUUGUUUCCUGAAUACAAACCCCGACCUACUACGAUUCCUAAUCCUAUGGCCAUAGCGUCGGGUGCGCCACUUAUAAUAUUGGCUACCGUUUUGUCCAUAUGCCUAAUGCUGAUUCCGAUAGCUAUGGUGAUGAUAUAUCACAGAUACAGAAGAAAAGAAAGGGGGCCUUGCUUAGUGCCUUCUCAAGGGACACUCAAAGACUUUAUCGAUCAAAGCAGUGGUUCCGGAUCCGGAUUACCUCUUUUGGUACAACGAACUAUUGCUAAACAACUAGCUUUAUCCCAGUGCGUCGGGAAAGGACGUUACGGCGAAGUAUGGCUUGCGAGAUGGAGGGGGGAAAAGGUGGCAGUCAAAGUAUUUUUUACGUUGGAAGAAGCAUCCUGGUUCAGAGAGACGGAAAUUUAUCAAACAGUGUUGAUGAGACACGAUAACAUUUUGGGCUUCAUCGCAGCAGACAUCAAAGGGACAGGAUCUUGGACGCAGAUGUUAUUAAUCACGGACUACCAUGAAAGAGGCUCAUUAUACGACUAUUUACAAACUACCGUUCUAGAUCAUCCAGGUCUUUUAGCGAUAUGCCUUUCGAUUGCUUCUGGAAUUGCUCAUCUCCACACAGAGAUCUUUGGUACACGCGGAAAGCCUGCUAUAGCUCAUAGAGAUAUUAAAAGUAGAAAUAUUUUGGUUAAAAAGAAUGGCGAGUGUGCAAUAGCCGAUUUCGGUUUAGCAGUUAGAUACAUAAGCGAAAGUGGAGAAAUUGAUAUCGCACCUAAUACGCGAGUAGGUACUCGCCGAUACAUGGCACCGGAGGUUUUAGAUGAAACCUUGAACACGGCUUCCUUCGAUGCUUUUAAAAUGGCAGAUAUAUAUUCUGUUGGUCUCGUACUUUGGGAAGCGUGUAGGAGAUGUGUCACAGGCGGUAAAAACUCUCUGGUGGAGCCGUACGCGUUACCGUACCAUGACGUCGUCCCCAGCGAUCCGGAUUUCGAAGACAUGCGGCUGGCAGUUUGCGUAAAACGAUUACGUCCCGUAAUACCAGCGCGAUGGGAAAACGAUUCGAUACUGUUUGCGCUGAGUAAGCUUAUGGCUGAGUGUUGGCACGCAAAUCCGGCGGUUCGUUUAACAGCGCUACGUGUGAAAAAGACAAUAUCGAAACUACAUAUUGAUAACGCCAUAAAAAUCGUAUAAUGUUCGACGAUAUUCGCCGAAUCUGUUCUAUCUAAUUGCUAAUAGUUGAAAAACGGUUUCUUCCCGUGUAAAUAA